CGUUGUCAGGACGGCUGCCGCUCCAAAUCUCCCUCUGUGUCCAUACAUUACGUAACAAUGUCUCUCGUCGUGGACGCGCUGAUCCACUUCUGCAAUGUCUCCACCAUAGGCCUGUGUGGUUUCAUGAAGGUGCCGCAGAUCCACGCCAUCAUAAAAGCCAAAUCUGUGAAAGGGUUGAGCUUAGCUAGCUUGAUUUUAGAGCUUACAAGCUACGUCAUCACACUCAGCUACAAUGUGUAUGCCGGUUACGCCCUGAUCACGUAUUUCGAGUACCCGCUGAUGGUGACACAAGACGUCGUCAUGCUUGCCAUCUUCCUGUCACUGACUGGCCGACUGUCUCCACUAGUGAUUCUCCCGGCAGCGGCAGGGGCCUACUUUUCGUACUCGAUUGCUAUGGGGUUGCUCUCCGAGGCCUUCAUCACAACGCUUGUGGGACUGUGCACACCUAUCUCCGCCAGUAGCAAAGUGGUGGCUCUGCUGGCGAUUAUCAGCAGCAAGAAUUCGGAAACCGUCUCCGUCUCUGCGUGGUCCAUCUCCGCCUACACAUGUCUUACCCGGAUUUUCACCAUCUAUGUCGAGUCGGCUGAUCCGGUCCUCCUCCUGAACUUCAUCACUUCCUUGGUGCUGAACUUGCUGAUCAUCACGGCUGCGGUCUAUUACAAGCCACGUGCAAAGAAGGAUUAAAGAGAGCUAAAACAAAUACACAGCAUUGAUAGCACACUCGUUUUUUUUGUUGUUGUUGUGCGGUUUAAGAAACGGAUUUUGUGAUUUUUUAAGAUUUGUUUACUUGUUUAUAAUAUUUUUUUUUUUAUUUGUGUGUGUGUAUAUGUGAGAAGGUGUCUUCAAAAUGUUAUCUAAGUUCUAUAAAAGUCAAGUUUUCAUAUAAGGGGAAUGAGGAGUAUAAGUUAAAUAUACUAAAUAUAUAAAUAAAUAAUAAACUGAUAUACUGUUCAAAUGUGCCUGUGUAAUACAAAGAGAUGGUCACACAGUCUCUCAACAGGAGGCCUAUAUAUAUAUAUGUCUUUGUAUCUCAGGGCCUGUACGUUGAUUUGGUUAUUAUUGUCUUUUUCCAUGAUUGUUAUUUUUUAUGCUUAUUAUUAUUGUUAUUAUCUUGAGCACUUUUUUUUUUGUGCUAAUUUGUAAUGACAGGAAGUUCUCUUCUGUAGUGACAGAGAUGUGUCUUGUUAGCAGCUACAAACAUGAAUAUAAGAAGAGUAAAUAGAAGAAGAGUAAAUGCUUGUUCGAUUCAGAGAGGUAUAUGCAUGUGUAAGUACAGUAAUAUAAACAGUGUAUGAAUGAGGUAUACAGUGCAAGGUCAUUCACUUUAAAAAUUACGUUAAUGUUGCACUAUUGUUGAUAAGGAUGAAAUUCCUUCUUCCUUUUUGUUCAUUGCAUUAAAUGCUCAGGUACAAAGUCAUAUAGUUAGUAGCUUAUAGAAAUGCAUUAUUGCAUUUAUUCCUUCACUUGACAGAUUUUAAAAUCAAAAUUAUUAUUUCUUUAAUAAAAACAACAAAUAAAAAAACAGGAAGACUUUCCCUUUUGUGUGUAUGAGGUAUGAUUAAAUUAUAUUUAUUUUUCUGAUUAUGUUAAUUCUGUUUAUGAUUUGCAUCAAAAACAAACUAGUCUAAAUCCAUGACUAGUCAUCAUGUGUGCUCAUGACAUUUAGGACUUUUUUUUUUUUUUU